UUGCAGUUCCAAGAUAUAUCUUUGCAAUCUCCGUCUUCUUCCCAUCUGGAUGACGUGAUUGCUGGUGUUGUUUCGGACGCAGUUGCCUACGCAGACAAUCAGAAUCUCCGGCAGCCUUCCCCUAAAAACAUUUCAAAAGAGGCGCCAUCGGCCCGGGAAAUUGCCCAAUCAUCAUCGAAUAUUCAUUCCUUUUCUAUUUCUUUAACUUCGAUUACAAAUCAGGCCAAUAAGUCGUCUAGACCGUCAAUUUCUUUGCUUUCUAAUGACGUGGCCUCCACCCUCGUGGAUCCUUUAGUGCUCGAAUCUUCACUCUUUGACUCAACUAAUACUUCUCUUUAUCAAUCAGCUCCACGUACAUCUCUUGCAGCCAGCUUUAUACCCUCUGUUCAACCAUUCCAACUAUCUUCAUCUGAUUUAUUAUCAUCAGGAGAGACAAAUAAAGCAGUCGAAGGUACAAUGCUACUUGAUUGUUCAGCUGGUAGGAGGGAUCGAAAAUCUUCGGGCAGUCGGCUUCUAAUCGUAGAGUCGCUUCGCUCUCAUACAACUCAUUCCUCUCCUUGUUCAUCACAAUUAUCAUCAUCAUUUCUGCCUGGAAGAGAGAGUAAUUUAUGUUCUUCUAUAUCCUCCAUCAGUAAUCACACUCUAUCAAACAUUGCUACCUGUUCUGUAUCUGAAUCGGUACGUUCUGACUCUUUACCUAUCCCUGAAACAUCUUCAUUCUACAAUCAGCUUGGAGCCACAGAUCUGAAAGAUUCUUCCAAAAGGGAUUCGCCCGUCAUAAUGACCCCUUCAUCUUCAUUUACUUCAUCCUCUUUUUCAUCCUCUUCUCCUAUCUCUGCUCCUACUAUUGCUAUUUCCGCCAUCUCUACCUCCCCAUCUUCCUCCUCAUCUUCAUCUUCCCAUUCUUCCUCUUCCUCUUCCCCUGCCUCUCCAGUCGCACUUUCCAUAUUAUCCUACGGAGUUCAGCAACCUGCCUCCGAUUUAAUCCCUUUUGUGACCCAGACUUGUACGACUGUUUCUAGACCAGAUGCGAUGUCGCUAGAAGCUAGUGACGCAGUUUUCUGGUCACGGCAGGAGACGGCUUCUCAUUCACCCACUUUGCUGGAGACCACCGUUUGCAAUGACCAGAGGGAUGAGUCUUCGGAAUGCGCAAGCUUUUUCACGGGGUGUAUUCUAUUAAUUUUGCACAUAAUCUGUCCACUAAUGUAA